AUGGUUCUCGCCGUUGACCUUCUCAACCCCAGCCCGGCUGCCGAGGCUAAGAAGCACAAGCUCAAGACUCUGGUCCCUGCCCCCCGAUCCUUCUUCAUGGACGUCAAGUGCCCCGGCUGCUUCACCAUCACCACCGUCUUCUCCCACGCCCAGACCGUCGUCAUCUGCCAGGGCUGCACAACUGUCCUCUGCCAGCCCACUGGUGGCAAGGCCAGACUCACCGAGGGUUGCUCUUUCCGCAGAAAGUAG